UUCUUUCUCUUUUCUCUCUCUUUCUAACGUUUAUCGCCGUUUUUCUAUGCUUAUUAAUUUUUAUUUAAUUAAAUGGCAUUCUAUAUUUAUUCUAGAGAGAUAAUUAUGUAAUAAAAUCUAUCUUUCAAUAAUACUGAUGAAAUUGUCAUUUGGUGCUUUUAUGACGCAUUUAUGGGCAUAACCUGUUAAAACCGAUACAUUCAAGUGAAGAUUGAAGACGACUGUUGGGAACGUGGUCAUAAAAUUUUAUAAUUUUUACUAAUUUUCUGUCGUUGCUAAUUCAUUAUAUAAUUGUCAAGAACGCAGGAUAGCUUAAUUAAAAUAAUUGUUGCUCGAAAUGCCGCCGAAAUGUAAAUUUCAAGAAGGAGAAAAAGUUUUGUGCUUUCAUGGGCCACUGAUUUACGAAGCAAAAUGCUUGAAGUCUUCCAUUACUAAGGAAAAGCAAAUUAAAUAUUUCAUUCAUUAUGCAGGCUGGAAUAAAAACUGGGAUGAAUGGGUUCCGGAAAGCAGAGUGUUGAAAUACAACGAAGCAAAUGUACAAAGACAAAGAGAAGUUCAGAGAGCACAUUCGACUCAACAAUCUGCUCAAAAGAAUAAAAAGGGAAAUACAACAGCUAAAGCACAGGGGAGAAGGAGCGAAGGUGGUAGAGAGAAAGAUACGGACAGUAGAGCGAGCACUCCUGUUUCAACAGCUGACAAAAGUAUAAGUCGUUUUAGUAAGGGUACAAGUAGUACAGUGACAGCUUCGUCCUCUCACGAGUCCACAUCGGAACCUACUCGUAAAAACGGAGGUUUUCGAUUGGAACCAUCUAGUGAAACUGAAGAAUAUCUCACCAAAGUGGAGGUUAAAAUAAAAUUACCUGAAGAAUUAAAGUUUGUGCUAAUAGACGAAUCUGAAGUAAUAUUGAAACACCAUAAGUUACCUGCAUUACCCGUACAAAAUACAGUCGACAAAAUUCUAGAUGAUUAUGUAGAAACAAAAUCAGCUGGAAAAACAAAUGAUACUAGGGAAAGCACAUUGGAAAUAACAAAAGGUAUUCGCGAAUAUUUUAAUAUUACGUUAGGACUUCAAUUGCUAUACAAAUGGGAACGUCCACAAUUUAUACAGAUAACGAAUGACAAUCCGGAAACCUUGCCGAGUCAGUUGUAUGGAGCGUUUCAUUUACUCAGACUAUUCGUGAGACUUGGUGGUAUGCUAUCCUAUACGCCAUUAGAUGAAAGGAGUAUACAAUUGUUACUGUCACAUUUCCAUGACUUCUUGCAAUAUUUGCAAAAGAAUAAUGCCGAACUGUUUAAUCUUCAACAAGAUUAUACAGAUCCACCACCAGAUUAUCAUCGAAAGUAUGGUUAAAUCAUCAAAGUGCGUAAACUUAUUUCGCAAAUUCAUUUAUACUCUUGAAGACAUGUAUUAAUCUUAUGUAGAAUAUUUUAUAUAGAAAUCACGCACAUGUGUAACAAUUAU